AUGGAUUUCGAUUACCCAGACGAUAAUCAGAACCCAUAUUACGGUGGUGGUGGAGGCGGUGGUGGUUUCGUAGCCGGAGGAUCGCCCUACGGAUCACAAGAUUCACCUGGAGGAAAGAAGGGAAGAGGGGGAAAUCAAACGAUCCGACCAGUAACGAUCAAGCAGAUCUUAGCUGCUGAGCAAGUUCAUGCGGAUGCUGAUUUCGUCAUUGAUGGGGUGGAAGUCGCUCAGGUAUUGUUGAUUGGAUCAGUUCAUAAUUCAUCAUCAUCAGCUACCAACGUUUCUUACGAGAUUGGAGAUGGAACGGGAUAUAUAGAUGUUAGAUUAUGGUUGGAUUCGGCGGAUGAUGAGACUGGUAAAGCCAAGGGCAUCGAACAAGAUCACUACGUCGGUAUAAUGGGAUCGAUCAAGAUGUUCGGUGGUAAAAGACAUAUCUCAGCGACUCAUAUUAGACCGAUAACGGAUUUCAACGAAAUUCAUCAUCAUCUCCUGAAAGCUUUGUACGUCAGCUUGCAGUUGAGAGGUGCAACUACAGGACGGGGAGGUGCCGCUCCAGCUGGAUCAUCACAUGCUGACUACUCAGCUGGUAUCCAAUCUCACUCUAACGAAUCUGCCUUUGCUGGUCUUCCAAGCUUACAGCGAAAGAUCAUGGAAUUUGUAUCGAAAGAUGACUCAGAUGAUGGAGUACAUGUUUCGUUGAUCUCUCGACAAGUGGGAAGUGGUAAUGGAGAGGCUGUCAUGGAUGCUGUUGAACAGCUCAUGAGUGAUGGUAUGCUCUUCUCUACGAUCGAUGAUUUGCACGUCAAAUCGACUGCCUAG